AUGGAUGGUGGGAAAGAGGGGUGGAGGCCCUUUGUGUAUUCUGUCACUCUCAUGCUGUCUGCUGCUGCCCUGGUGUUGGCGUGUGGUGCGUACACUAUCUACUCAGCCAUGCAGGGCUGGAGAUACAUCGAGUCCCUGUACUUCUGCUUCAUGGCCUUCAGACGGUGGGCUUCGGGACAUGGUGAGCAGCCAGGAAGAGUCCUACCGAGGAGCCCCCAGUGGAGGCUAGCAGGUGGCUAACUGCUUCCUCAUGCUCCUGGAGGUAUGCUGUAUCUACACCCUCUUCAAUGCCCUAUUUGUCAUCAUAAACAGGGGCUGAUCUGGAUCCUGAGUCAGCUGAUCCAUCUGCGUAGCUGCCUGUGCCACGGCAGACCUCUACGAUGCCCACUGUUUCCCAUGUUCUUGCUAAACCUG